CAGACUUUGACAAAUUAUUUUUUAAAUUUUUUCUUUGCAGCCGCAGCUGAUGGUUAUAGGAAUGAGGGUAAUGAGGCCUUCAAGAAAGGAGAUUUCAUCAGUGCUAUUCAUUUUUACAGCGAAGGAAUUAAAAUGAACUGCAAUGAGAAAGAACUGAAGGCCAAACUGUACAACAACAGGGCUAUUGCACAUUUUAAACUUGGUAAGAUGAUACUAACUGAUUUGUGUAUUGAAAUACUCUUGAUAUAAUGUCCAUUAGCAAUGUAUUACUACCUUCAGCAAGCUCUACCGAGAGUUUUGAUACAUCUUACUAGAGCGCUAGCAGUAGAGAAGAAAUGGAAUUUGCGAGUACGAUUCAGCCCUCUGUUAAGGAGAACCGCGAGCAUUCGACGAGGACUGACUAAGACGGUUUCUCGCCUGCGGUUUUCAGGUCAAGAUUAGAACAAAAAAUUCCUGUUACUGAAUGUUUAGUUUGCUGCGUUUGUGUUUUGUUUUCUAUAGCGAAAUCUGUUUCAAGAAUGGGAAACUGUGUUCGUUUCUGUUUUGCCAUAGCAUUUUAUUCCUUUGCAUUAUGUGCGGCGAAGGUUCCCCUCGGUCAGUGCUUUAAGGUUUCGUUGCUGUAGAAAAAUUCUCUUUGUAAACCAAAAGCUAACUUUUGACGAAAGAAUCAGCUGCAUCACAAGGCACGAUGAUUUUUCACCGAGAAUUCAUCGGGCAGUUUACUGCAAAUUGCCCCUUUCCUCAGAGAUUGCAAAGGCAGAAGCUAUCGUCGCGAUUGUCGAGCCGCUCAAACCGAACAGAAACGAGUGAGUUUUUAGUUAUCUGAUUUAAGGUAAUCUCAGAUAGGGAUUUAAAUCGAGAAAAACCUAUUUAGUUUAAGGACAGCUUUGCCUUAUGACACAUUCCGCUCAAAGAGAAUAACUACAGACAUCAGUAUUAUAAAUAAAUAUUUCGUACGCAUCGACUUUCACACAGUACGACAUCUAAUUCAGUAAAAUUUGUGUUUCUCUAUCUAUCUCGUUGCCGUGCAUUUAUCACAAUGACAUUGCUACUGUUGCUACUUUUAGUUUCUUGAGGGCAGGGGGGAAUGGAUGGCUCGUAGGAUGGAUUUUCGGAAACCUAGGUUAGGAGAAUACACCACCCCUCGAGCCUGUGUAUAGUCCAGUAUCCGCCAGAGGUUUCGCACUGUUAAAGCAAAAAAAUAUCGAUCAGCUCAGGAAAGGGCUCGAACUUCAUUACAAAUAAUGUAUUUCUGUUAUAAAAAUACGAUAGAAAUUACAAUUGGUAGGAUUUUCAUGUAGGAAGACAAGGAGUAUGAGUACAUCUCAAGCGCGUGACAUAAAAAGCAAUGAAGAGCUGACCAUUCUUCGCUUGUAAAAUGUAUGCGAAAAGAAUGUUGAACAAUCGUGUUCGGUGUGGGAACAGACCCCUCAAUCAGCAUUCUUUUCAGCUGAAUUCAUUGGUUGUGUUCCCCUGAUUUGACUAGUGAUAUGUGUUCGUAACAGGCGUCUUCGCAGCCGGUAGAAAGCAUAGAGCUGACGACAUUGAAGAGUAAAAUCUCCUCGAUGUCGACGAUCGAAACGCGUCCAUUUUGGACAUAGAGCUACAUCCUUUGGAAAGUAGUGUAUAGAAAUAUCCGGUAUAUCUGUAUUAUUCUUGUAGCUAACAUCAUUUGGCUCUCCGGUCACGCAAUACGUUCGGCCUUUCUUCUCGAUUCCUCCUUUCCCCACCAAAGUCGCCGCCGUGUUUUCACAGUUUUCUACGUCACGGCUAUGUAACAUGAUCGUUUUGGGUGCGCGCUUGAUGGGGACACCUUUUCGCUGCCAAAGCGUACUUUCAAUGCCCGAAAAGAUGGAUAAGGAGAACGCUCUAGGCGCUAGGGUAUUUUUUUUCUAAUUUUAAAACACGGCUAUCAACCAGAAAAUGCAAAAAACAAAUUUCGUGUCAUAGGCACUUUAAUAUGCUUUUUUUUCUCUUUUGAAGCCAAGGGCUGUCAGUACUGUCAGCAGUAGUUUUCUGAAAAGGUGAUAAUUUUGAAUGCAUGCCCAAAAGUAAAUUCUCCAGAAAACAUGCGCCAUAUCUUGGCCGCUCAAAAAUAGCAACAAGUAACCUCUUACCACAGACAUCAAUGAACAUCACAAGCUUUUCUUAAAAUUGAUGUAAAGGUGGUGGGUUUGCUAUAUGCGCAGCUAAUCAGAGAUAUUUAUUUUAAAAAACAGGAAAUCACCAGGAUUCACUAAGGGAUGCAGAGGCAGCCAUUAAGUUAAAUCCAACUUUCUUCAAGGCAAUUGUGAGAGGUUAGAUAUAUUAACUGUGCUAUAAUAAAAGUAAAAAUGAACUCAACACUCUAAAAUUAAGUAAAGUUAAAUCUUGUCUCAACUUACUUUGAUAAAGAGGUCUACACCACCCUGAUGUACAUUUGAAUCCAGUGCUUGACUGCUGUGCUGUGACUUUACAUUAUGAUGAAAACAUUAUUUUGAGUUGGAUGAAGAACUCAAUGCUGAAUGCAAAGCAAAAUUUUAGCAUGAGUAUUUGAAUUUCCUUCUGCUCAAUGAGCGAGGUAGUGGUGUCAGACAUGUUUAGUCACUAUCUCGCUGUUUUGAAAAGAAGUAAGGACUUAACUUAACUCAAACCGUAAGAAAACUUUCCUCAUUCGUCAAGUACAACUCAACUUUAAGUGCUAUAAAACAUGUAAUAAUAAUGUAACUAGAGACGGCAUGAGUAAAUCUUUUAGUUUGAGUCACUUCCUAGGAAUUAAUUAUCAACUGAUUGAGUAAAACAAAUAUGUUUACUCAAACUAAAGGGAAACUAGUUUUAAUAUCAAUUAAAAUUUUUUAUUUUGUAUUUUGAUUGAAGUUGAAAUUCAACCCAGUGUUAAAAAGAUUAACUAAAAAAUGUACCAUUAUGAUGAUAAAAAAUUUUUAUAAAAUGGGUUUCAUUUUUUGGUUUUGGUAUUGCAUGUCUUAUAUUCUAUCCGUGUAUCUCUUAAUGAUUUUGUGGGAAUUGUCAGUCCCAAUUUAAGUGUUCUCAGAAGUUUCAAUUAUCAAAAGCUACUCUUACUGAAAACUAAUGAGGCCUGUUUAUUCUUUUCCUUUUAGUUUGUUUUUGCUUUGUUUCGUUUUGUUUUUUUCUGGUCUGUAAUGAUUUAGCUUUCAGUGGUUUCUGUUUCUUUUCUUGGAAUCAAGCUACAGUAAUUAUAAGCUUUUUUGCGUUGUUGCCUACAGGAGCCACUGCCUGUGUUGAACUGAAGAGAUUUAAAGAAGCAAUCACUUGGUGUGAUAAGGGAUUAGCUGUAUCCUUUGAAGAUAUCUUUUAUUUUUAA